AUGGAGACGAGGGGCAUGAGUAGCAAGGCAGAUCAUGACCAUCAUCAUAUUCUGCAAUUAGGUAUCAUCUCACAUGAUUUAUUCGUCACAUGUCGCACAGAUACAAAAUCUGAAGAAGAUUACGCGGUCCCGGCCGAACAAAAACUUUUGGCUCCUCAGUUGAAGGUGAAAGCCAUGCCGAUGUCGCAACUUAAAAUCGAAGACUCGUGUUACUUGACGGAAGUAGAAUUUACUAUGAUGUGA